ACCUCGCGGAAGGCGGUUCGCGUCCCCGCUGCGGUUGUGUCGGGCGGCCUUGCCCCUUCCUCCAGGGCCUGUGUGGAGCAGUCCGCACGUCCCUGCCCGGGGCUGUUUGCGCUUCCGUGCGAAGUACCGCGGCUUGCGAGUGGGUGUCUCGGUCCCCAAGCCCUUGCCUCCUCCCGGAGAUGCUGCCCUUGUGAGCGGCAGGCUGCCUUGGAAUUUGCGCACCCCGCGGCUCGCGGAGCCUGCAUCUCCGAAGCCGCCCCGGGUGAACCCCCUUGCGGGGAGUGUAGCUGCUUUGGGGCUGGCUUUAAGAUCCCGUCUUUCCUGCACAUUACCGGGUUGCAUCCUCACCGAUCGGAAUACAAUAUUUCACCAAAGGACAUGGAUGAAAAUGAAAACAGCCAGCCUCCAGUGACAAGCAACCAGUACCCCAAAGAGGCAGUAAGAAAACGCCAGAACACCGUGCGGAACUCGGGAGGAAGUGAUUCUUGUAGGCUUUCCAGGAAAAGCUUCAAGUUGGACUACAGACUGGAGGAAGAUGUAACUAAAUCCAAGAAGGGAAAAGACGGAAGAUUUGUUAACCCGUGGCCAACGUGGAAAAAUAUCUCUAUUCCAAAUUUUCUUAGAUGGCUAAUAAUGGAGAAAGAUCACAGCGGUGUUCCAGGUUCCAAAGAGGAACUCGACAAAGAACUGCCAGUGCUUAAACCCUAUUUUGUCAGUGACCCAGCAGAAGCUGGAGUGAGGGAGGACGGCCUGAGGGUCACGUGGCUGGGACACGCGACCCUGCUGGUGGAGAUGGAUGAGCUCAUCAUGCUCACAGAUCCCAUCUUCAGCUCGCGGGCUUCUCCCUCGCAGUACAUGGGUCCCAAGCGCUUCCGCCGUCCCCCCUGUACCAUAAGCGAGCUGCCCCCAAUCCAUGCGGUCCUUAUUAGCCACAACCACUACGACCACCUGGACUACAGCUCCGUCCUCGCCCUGAACGACCGAUUCGGCAGCGAGUUGAGAUGGUUUGUGCCUCUGGGCCUUCUCGACUGGAUGCAGAAGUGCGGCUGCGAGAACGUGAUUGAGCUGGACUGGUGGGAAGAGAAUUGUGUCCCUGGCCACGAUAAGGUCACCUUUGUCUUCACGCCUUCCCAGCACUGGUGCAAAAGGACCCUGAUGGAUGACAACAAGGUUCUGUGGGGCAGCUGGUCCGUGUUGGGGCCUUGGAAUCGAUUCUUCUUUGCAGGGGAUACCGGCUAUUGCCCUGCUUUUGAAGAGAUAGGGAAAAGAUUCGGUCCUUUCGAUCUUGCAGCUAUUCCCAUCGGAGCUUAUGAGCCCAGGUGGUUUAUGAAAUACCAGCAUGUUGACCCAGAAGAUGCUGUAAGGAUUCAUAUCGAUGUUCAGACAAAGAAGUCUGUGGCAAUUCACUGGGGCACUUUUGCUCUAGCAAAUGAGCAUUACUUGGAGCCUCCAGUGAAACUGCGUGAAGCUCUAGAAAGAUAUGGACUUCGGACUGAAGAUUUUUUUGUCCUGAAGCAUGGAGAAUCAAGAUACUUAAAUACUGAUGAUAAAGCUUUGAAUAAAUAUGAACAUAGGAGCUUUUAAUAAAAAGGCAUCAUUUGAUAUAAAUCAGAAAACAAAUGAAAAGACUAAGAACUUCAUGCAAAUUAUGAUUUUUUACAUUUGGAAAUAACUUCUGCAAGUGCGGCUGUGUGUGUGUUUUUUAAGGUGUUUUUUGAUUUGUGUAAUACCUUGCUUACUAAUAUGAUGAGCAAUGUAUAUAAACUAUGAAAGAGUUCAGGGAUGGUCACUUACCAAAUUGGCCAAUGUAGAUUUAAAACCUAUAACAAUGAUGUCAAUAUUGUAACACGAUAUUUUUACUAAAGCAUUAUCCUUUAGUGGUGGUAAAUUUUCUGAGGUUAUGAUAAACUGAUAUUAAAGACUCA